AUGGACUUAGAUCCUUGGAAUCCUGAAAUACUACCUUAUUUGUACCCAGACUGGGACCCAUUAACAGAAUGCAAUGUAACUCGUAUUAUGCAUACAGAAUUAAAAAAUGGCUCAAUUCGAAUGCUUGAUAACACGACGUCAAAAUGUGAGUAUCGAUGCCUUUAUAAAGACGGCGAAACGAAUUUUAUAAGCGGUAAAUGGACAGAAAUGGAAAAAAAUGUGACAUAUUAUGAAAGUUGUGAUUUUAUCGAAACACACUGUACAGACGGAAAUACGACCACGUUUCGUUAUAUUCAUGUUCAGGUAAUACGACCAACACAGAAAAUAUUCCAAAAAGAGGAUAACUUACAUCCUGGGGUAUUUAUCUUUAUCCUCGAUUCCACCUCACUCUCUUCGGGAAUUCGCACGAUGGCCAAGACUAACCAAAUUCUCCGUCAAUUUUACGAUGCAACAACAUUUUAUCAUCAUAAUAAAAUUGCCCUUAACAGCCGGCCGAACGCUUACGCCAUUUUUUCAGGAACUCGUACCAUUGAUUUAGAUGCGAAUCGUUUUCCCGGCAGAAGCAAUUCAGAGCACCCAUGGUUCUGUAAGCAUGGUAUCAAAAUAAACGAAACGGUAACGUAUGAUUUUACAAAUCAAACCUAUGCAUCGAUAAUGGCUGAAGAUUGGCCGAGUAUGUUCACCUAUCCAAAUUGCCAUGGUUUUCCCAAAGCUCCGACUGAUCAUUACGGGAGUGCUUUGGUACUUCGGCCGACUAAAUCAGGCGAAGAAGUUUGGAAAGAUUUCAACACUCAUUUCUAUAAGGGAGAGUGCCACGAGUACUAUCACAAGAUUAUGGAUUUUGUGGAUAAAUUUUUAGACGAAUACAAAGGAUUUUCAAAGUUUGUUUUGGUGUGGCUAUCAAGGAUAGCACAUAAUUCCGCCAGCGGAUUGUAUCGAACUGAUAAAUAUUUCUCUAAAUUUUUUCGCAAAAAUGUCGAGAAUUUAAACAAUUCUUUCUUAUUUGUAAUGGGUGAUCAUGGAUUACGGUUUGGGAGAUUUCGAAGGACUGGUACUGGAUACAACGAAGACAAUAAUCCAUUACUUAUGGUAGCAGUUCCACAAUAUUUGCGUUCGAAUGAGCAGCUUAUUUUAAAUUUAAAAAGCAAUUCUCGAAGACACACAUCUCAAUAUGAUAUUUACGCUACACUCUAUGAUAUAGCACGAUAUGCAAGGAAAAAAAGUUUCCAGAAUUGGGAUGAACAUGAUUUCAGCGAAGAACUUGGCAAGGUAAGAGGUGGAAUCCGAGCAAGAAGUCUUCUAAGACCCAUUCAAUAUGAUAGGACAUGUGAAGAAAUGGAAAUUCCGGAUCAAUUCUGUAUCUGCGAAAAACAGUGGCACGUGAUCGAUAUUCACGAUGAAAAUGUUAUGAAAGCUGCUCAGUUCACUGUUAAUGCAAUUAAUAAUUUCUUGAAAAAGAAAGGAGCAGGCGAAAAAUGCGAAAUACUUCAUUUAAAAGAAGUGAUUUCGGCAGAAUAUAUCAAGGAACAACCGUUGCUGAAAGUAGUAGUUAGCGCCUCACCAAGUGAUGGGAGAUACGAAACACAAUUGUUGAAGAAAGCAGAGAGUUUCGAAAUACCUGGAAAAAUUGUUCGAGUGAAUAGUUACGGUAGCCAAAGUCACUGCGUGGAUAAUGAUGACAUUCGCCCACUGUGUUACUGUCGACAACAAUUGAAAGGAAUGAAUGACCACUUUGUGUAA